AUGAAUAGUGUCAUACAGAGUACUUUCACAAUGAUUUUAGGUGUAGCAUUCAUACUGGGAAAUUUAGGAAAUGGAUUCAUAGCCCUGGUGAACUGCAUUGACUGGGUCAAGAGAAGAAAGAUGUCUUCAGUUGAUCAAAUCCUCACUGCUUUGGCCAUCUCCAGAAUUGCUCUGCUCUGGAUAGUGCUAUUUGAUUGGUGGGUAUCUGUGACUUUCCCAGGGAAUUGGAUCACUAAAGAAACGUUAAGACUUGUGUACAUUACCAGGCAUGUGAGCAGUCACUUUAGCAUCUGGCUUGCAACAGGUCUCAGCAUCUAUUAUUUUCUUAAGAUAGCCAGUUUUUCCAACUCAAAUUUUCUUUACCUCAAGUUUAGAGUUAAAAAGGUGGUGUCAGUGACAUUGAUGGUGUCUCUGGUUUUCUUAUUUACAAAAAUUGUGCUUCUGAACACACACAUUGAUUUUGGGAUUGAUGGGUAUAAAACAAACAUGUCGCACAGUUCCACUCUGAACCACAUUGCACAAUUUUCCAAAAUUUUUUUAUUCACCAACACGGUGUUCACAUCCAUACCUUUUCUUGUGUCCCUGAUAACUUUUCUCCUGCUUAUCACCUCUCUGUGGAAACAUCACAAGAAGAUGCAGCAGAGUGGCAUAGGAUCCAGAGACUCCAGCACCAUGGCGCACAUAAAAGCCUUGCAAAUGGUGAUUGCCUCUCUCCUCCUGUACACCAUUUUCUUUGUAUUACUUUUUAUAAAAAUUUGGAGUUUUAACUUUCUGGAGAAGAAUAUGGCUAUUUUUCUUAGCCUGGCUAGUGGAAUUACUGCUCCUUCUGGCCACUCAUUUGUCUUGAUUUUUGGAAACAGCAAGCUGAGACAGACCUCUCUUUCGGUGCUGUGGAGGCUGAGGUGCAGGUGCAAAGGUGUGAGACAUCUGGGUCCAUAG